CCGGUGGCCUACGCGGCGCCCCCGCAGUACACCGCAUACGCGGCGCCACCGACAUACGCGUACACGGCGCCCUCGACCACGGCGUACCAGUACGCGGCGCCUCCGUCACCGGGAUACCAGUACUACCAGCAGCAGCCCGCGGCGACUUACGCGGCACCAGCGGCCACCUACGCGCAGCCCGAGGCAGCGGCGUACGCUGCGCCAGCGCCGACCUACGCGUACGCGCAGCCCGAGGCGGCGGUGUACGCGGCGCCAGCGCCGACCUACGCACAGCCCGCGACGUACUCCUACGCGGCUCAGCCGGCCGCGCCCAGCUACAGCUACACGCCGGCGCCGGUGGAGUACGCCCAGGCGGCCUACUCGCAGCCGCCCGUGGCGUACUACCAGCAGCCCGUGUCCUACGUGCCCCCCGCCGACCCGUACGGCCUGGCCGCCCCGGCCUACCAGCCCGCCUACCAGCAGCCCGCCUACCUGCCGACCGCGGCGUCCAUGGUGGCGGCCCCGAUGCCCGCGGGGCUGCAGAGCGCGCCGUCCAUGGUCGCCUACCCGAUGUACGGCGGCGGCGCGCAGCAGAUGUACGCGCCGCAGCUGGGCGGGACGCCCGGGCACCCCUCGCCGACGGGCCACGACGGCUACACCGGCAUGGGCACCGGCUACCAGGACCAGAUGGGGGCGAGCACGUCCGGGACCGGACCCGCCGCCUCCAGCACGGCGAUGCCUCCGCCGAGCGCCUCGAAGAAGCCCCUGCCCAAGAAGAGGCUGGACACGAAGAAGAAGACGGACAGCAAGGGGAAGAAGAAGGGCAGCUGCUGCUGA